AUCAUUCAUCUAGAUCCAUUUCACAGGAUAUCCAGCAAAUUUAAGAAUGAAAAUAGCGCUAUUCCAAUAAGCCAGAAUGAACCUCAUGGACAUCGCCAAGAUCUUCUCUCUUCUGCAGCCUGAAAAGGAGGAGGAGGAUAAUAACACAGAAGAGAAGCAGGCUCUCAAUCAAGCUGUAUAUGACAAUGACUCCUGUACCCUGGACCGCCUUCUACAACAGGAGCGCUAUAAAAGAUUCAUCAACAGCAGGAGUGGAUGGGGAAUACCUGGAACACCCUUGCGUUUGGCAGCUUCCUAUGGCCACUUGAAUUGUGUGAAGGUUCUACUGGAACAUGGUGCUGAUGUUGAUAGCUUGGAUGUCAAAGCACAAACACCACUUUUCACUGCUGUCAGUCAUGGUCAUCUGGAAUGUGUGCGCAUGCUUCUAGAAGCUGGUGCCUGUCCUAGUGGAAGCAUCUACAACAAUUGCUCUCCUGUUCUCACUGCCUCACGUGAUGGUGCUGUUGCCAUCUUACAGGAGCUCCUAGGGCAUGGUGCAGAGGCCAAUGUCAAAGCUAAGCUUCCAGUCUGGGCAUCAAACAUAGCUUCAUGUUCGGGCCCCCUCUAUUUGGCUGCAGUCUAUGGUCACCUUGACUGCUUCCGCCUGCUUUUGCUCUAUGGGGCAGAUCCCAAUUACAACUGCACCGACCAGAGCCUCAUAGGUCGUGUUCCGCAGCCCCGCACUCUCCUUGAAAUAUGCCUUCAUCAUAAUUGUGAGCCAGAGUACAUCCAGCUUUUAAUAGAUUUUGGAGCUAACAUCUACCUUCCAUCUCUCCCCUUGGAUCUGACCUCACAAAAUAAUAAAGGCAUCAAGUUGCUGCAACAAGCCAGAGCCACUCCACGGUCCCUGCUGUCUCAGGCUCGUUUGGUUAUCCGCAGAUCGCUGAUCCAGGCCAAGCAGCCACAAGCCGUCGACCAGCUGGAUAUCCCCCCUGUGUUGAUGAACUACCUCAAACAUCAGUGAUAAGCUUUCAACCUUCCAAGGAACCCAUAAUACCUCCCAAAACUACCUGCUAAAACAGGUAGCUUGAGGAUAAUAGACCUCAUGACUUUUCUGGUGUAGUAUCCUCCAUAAUAAAGCCCUCAGCAAAGU